AUGGUGGCUGGCAAAUAUAGAGAAAAGCAUGAGAAUGGAAUCAAAGAAAAUUCCAUUGCGACGGCCGACCACUGUAAAGUGGUGCAAGGUUGUAAACGCAAGUUUGCCGACACUGAAUUUCGUGGAGAACCAGCUCCGCAGAUCAGGCGCAUUACAGAGGAGCACGAAUUGAGUGAUUUGGACAUUGCUGAGCCAAGAAAUGGCCCACGGCUGUCCGACGCUCCACUCACUGGGAAGGUCUACAAGUUGGGGGUUUUGAACACUUUCCGGCUGUUAGCGGUGACCAAGGAAUCAGAUCUCCAAGUGCAACUCACAAUACCUGACAGUGAGCAGUGGCCUUUUGUCACAUUCAGAUGCAACCCUGGAGAGAUAAUGCGUCUUUCAACGGAAUUAGAGCAGAUUAUGUAG